AUGGCCGACGACGAUCAACCGUUGGAGGCUGGUGAGCAUGUGUCAUUCGAACAGCUGACGCCCGAGGAGGCCAACCGUAUCAUACACUCUCACCGAAAGGUCCGCUAUGGGACUGCGUGUUGGCCAUGCCGCCAACGCAAGGUCAAAUGCGAUAAUAAGCAUCCUUGUGAGAACUGCGUCAAACGCGAGCAUGCUCAGCUGUGCUCCUACAAACCAAAUCGUGGGUCCAAUGCCGCCGGCAAUAGCAGCUCCAGCACUGUCGACAGGACUGUCAGGAAGAGGGCGCGGUCCUUCUCUGACACCCGCGAUGCCAACAAUAAGCUGGGCAAGCGUGAGAGUUGGCCUCGCUCAAUCGGUACAGCACACCAUCGGCGGACGCUCGGGACGCUGCUUGAGACUGACGCAAAUCCAGAUAACUUGGAAGAGGGAGACGCAGCUGCCGAUAGAUAUCUCGGACAGAACAGCAUCCCAGCACUUCUCGGGGAUCAAUCACCGACGAGCAGGAUGGAUCGCGUCGAUAUACGUCAGGACGUCAGAUCCAUCCUCGGUCUAGACACAUCGGCUCCUUUCCCUCUCAUGUCGCGGGAUCACCUCAACUCUCUGGCGCAAGACAUUGCGUCCGAACUUCCCUCAGAUAGGGAUGUCAUGAAGCUGUUCCGGACGUACAAGGAGAUUCCCCAACCGUUCUGGGGGUUCGUGAUUGACAUAGACGACUUCGAGCUGAAGCUACUGCUGUAUCUGGAGAACCGGUCGCGCAACGCCAAGGCUAAAGAGAAGUCGUCAGGACAAGUCACAGCCUCUUGGCUGGCUAUACUGUUUGGCGUCCUCGCGGUGGGGUCACAGUAUCACGAAUCUCCCUACCACGUCCGCACACGAGACUCCCAAAAAUACAUGCAGAUAUCCUUUCACUUCCUUCGCCUCGGAAACUUUCUCCUCCGACCCUCUUUCGACUCCAUCCAAGCCCUUCUCUUGACCAACUUUGUCCUCCUCAACGACAUGAAGGCCGAAGCCUCGUGGGCCCUCACCGGCCUGACAUGUCGUCUAGCCCAGUCACUGGGACUGCAUCGACCGAACCCGUACGAGGGGCGAGAGCAGACGCCGGAUAUGAAGUCGACGGAUAUGAUACGGAGAAAGCUCUGGUGGACUUGCGUGUGGCACGACACAUUAACGUCUCUAUCAUUUGACAGGGCGCCCAUGACCAACUUCCCCAGUUGCUCCAUCCCGGUUCAGUCAGACGGGUCGGAAAAGAGCCUGUCCUACCUCGAGACAAUGUACCAUCUGAUAGGGAUCAUCUCCCGGCGCCUGAACCCAGAUACCAUGGCGGCAGCGACAUACGCGCAGAUCCUGGAACACUGCGAGGCAGUCGAGGUCCUCCGCACCAAGGCCCGCGUGCACAUGCAGGACAAGGACAAAUGCAAGACUGCGCUAGAGCGGCUGCAGUACUUCGCAAUCCAGCUACACACGUCGUUUGUCAUAUCUGUGGCAUGCCGGCCCGCUCUUCGCCGAGACCGCUUCUUCGACCCGGUACAACGUCGAACGCUAGCCAAGCGGUGCAAGGCCAACCUAUCGGAGACGGUGCGCAUGUUCCUGGCCAUGCAUCAGCUGUCGGUCAUCCCAACGCGCACGUGGGCAUUCACGUACCACGGUCUGUCGUCGGCGCUUCUCCUCGGCAUCCUCUGCGAGACCAAGACGGACCCGGAGGUGCGCCAGCUACAGGGCGACCUCAUCGCUGCCCUAUCGGCCACGGCAGCAAAGGAGGCCUCGCCCGGUCCGGACGUGGCCACGACAGAUAAGGAUAUUGAGCUCUCCGGUCCGCUACACAGGGCCCUCACGGCCCUGAAGAACAUCUACGACCACGGGUCCAUCAACGGGUCCAAUCUCAAGCGCGAAGGCGACUCUUCCACCGGCGGCAGCGGCACCAUAACGCCCAAGAUCCCGUUCGGGUCGACCACCAUGGCCGCCACCAUGGUCGCCCAAGCCGGCGCAGGACAACAACAACAACAACAACAACAGCUCCGCGGCCUACCCUCGGCAGCAACAGCGGCCGAUCCGCGCGAGAAUGCGGCGCUAGCCAUGGCGGAGAUGCAGAAUGGCUCGUCGCUGCAGGAUCCCAAUGGCAGCGCUUCUGCGGAACUCGCCAUGCCGCCCCCGGACAUGAUCAACGACGACGACCUCAGCCAGAUGGAUCCGACACAGUACAUGGCUCCCAUGGAUCUAUACGAUACCAUAUGGGGGAGUGAGUAUAACCCAGAAUCGCUCGAUCCAUGGAAUACCGGCGUUGACGCUAUGAACUUCGACUUUCUCGCGCAGCCGCCGCCAGGACAGCCGCAGCAGCAGUUUUACUUUUGA